AUGGCGCAAACGAGGGUAGCUAACGUGAUGCUCGCAUAUCGCUCUCUUAAUGUGAACGGGGAGCUGGGAGCAGCGGAGAAGGCGAGGCAUGCGGCCCCGUCGCCGCCCUUCGAGGCCCCUUGCGGCCCCUUCUUGGCCCCGUCGCCACCCUUCCCGGCCCCUUCUCGGCUCCUCCGCCACCAGCAGCAGCAGCCGCCAGCAGCAGGCGCCGCCGCCGCCAGCAGCAGCCGACUGCAGCGGACGCUGCUGACAGCAACGGCGGCCCCCACCACCAGCAGCCGUCGCCGCCGACAGCCGCGACUGCCGCCGCAACUGCCAGCAGGAGCUGCCGCCGCGGUCGCGGCUCUGUCCCUGCCGACGCGCCUCGGCCCUGCCCCACCGCUUGCCGGCCCCUACCUACCAGCCCUGCUUUUCCUACAAUGCGAUAGAAAGGACGGUCUCUCACUGUUCGAUCUCACGUCUGGCGCCUCUGCUGCCCCUGUUGCCGAUGCUGACAGCACUGUUCGCUCACAGUGGGCCACACGCGAUGCUGCUGCCCGUCUUGCUGUGCGUAGUCACUUGCCGUCCACUGAGCCCGCGCACUUUAGUCAGUACAAGAGUGCUAAGACCUUGUACGAUGCUGUAGUUGCACGCUACUCUUCCCCUGCCACUGCUGCCCUUAGCCACCUCAUGCUACCGUACCUGUUUCCUGACCUCGCCGCCUUUCCCACAGUCACUGACCUCAUUACGCACCUCCGCACUAGUUACACCCGCUACCGCGCUGCGCUUCCUGCUGAGUUCUGCGCCAAGAACCCCCCCCCCAUGUACAUCACCCUCUACUACAUAGUCACCCGGCUCCCUGACUCCCUUCGCUCUGUCAAGGACCACUUCCUCUCUGUCUGCCCCACCACACUCACCGUUGACCUCCUCGAGGAGCGCCUCCUGGCAGCUGAGAAGAGUAUAGUCACUGUAGGAGCCUCUCGUGGUGACCCUCGUGCCCCCUUCUUUGAGGGGUGCUCCCCCUCCCCCCUUUUGCCCUCUGUUGCCUCUGCUGCUGCCGUCGACUUCGUUGGCACCGAGUCGGUCGGCGUUGCGUCUGCCCCUAGCAGGAGACGUCGCACCGGCAAGGGCAAGGGGGGCAAGGGCGCUGGAGGGACUGGCGGGGGCGGUGGAGGUGGCGGUGGAGGCGGCGGAGGGAGUGGGGGUGGCGGUGGGAGUGGUGGUGGGGGUGGGGGCUUCGGUGGCGGCGGUGGAGGAGGAGGCGGCGGCGGCGGUGGCCGUGGGAGCGGAGGAGGAGGCGUUAGCGGCAGUGGCGGAGGUGGCGGCGGCGGAGGUGGAGCUGGUCAGGGUGGCUCUGCGCAGCGGGGCGGCUUCGGUGGUGGUCAGCGCCAACAGCAGCAGCGCACUCGUGAGACCCCGCCCCCCCAGCAGCUUCGUGAGUGGUACGCGGUGUGA